UAACAUACUUUUUCAGUUAGAGAACGAUAAUAUUUUAACGUGGUUGUUCAGUGGGAGACAUGGAAGCGGAUAAUAUCAGCGAUUCCGGUGCGAAGAAACCCAAAAACUUCUUCGGAGUUCGCCACAUCCAGUACCUCUUACUGUUCACAGCCACAGCAGUGGCGUACGCAGUACGGGUUGCUUUUAACGUCGGAGUUAUUGCCAUAACCAGCAGCGAUUAUCUAGAGGGCGUCCCAACGUAUCCAGAAUGGUCCAGCAAGAAGAACAUAAUGCUUUCGUCUUUCUUCUGGGGGUACAUCGCUCCCCAGGUGGUGGCGGGCCAACUUGCCAAACACUUCGGGGCCAAAUGGUUCUUAUGCUUUACCACAUUUUUAGGAUCAUUGGCGGGCCUUCUAAUUCCUUACUUCGCUUCUGUCUUCGGCUAUGAAGGCGUUAUUGUUUGUAGGGUUGUCCAGGGGUUGGCCCAAAGCUUCCUCUUCCCCUGCGUUCAUACUUUAUUGAGUAAAUGGACGGCUACAGCUGACAGGUCCAAAGUUGGAGGGUUCACAUAUGCAGGUGUUCCUCUUGGAACUUUGAUAUCGAUGCCUAUAACUGGCCUAAUGUCCAAAUACGAAUACGUCGGCUGGCCUGCGUCUUUCUACUUGUUCGGUGCCGUUGGCGUAGCAUGGUCUAUCCUAUGGGCGUUUCUGGGUUCAGAAUCUCCUUCCACAUACAGCAAAAUAACCAUCGCGGAACGAGAGUACAUCGAAUAUGGGUCCCACGCAGAGAAAGAAAAGAAAGUACCAACUCCUUGGAAAUCGAUUGCAACCUCGUUACCGUUUUGGGCUAUCCUGAUUUGUCAUUGCGGCGAAAACUGGGGUUACUGGACGCUACUGACUGAAAUCCCGUCGUAUUUGGAGAAGAUUUUCAAUUUUAAUAUUGCAGCUAACAGCGCACUUUCUGCCCUUCCAUAUUUCGCCUUUUGGAUACUCAGCUUUGCUAUGGGCCCAAUAGCUGACUAUUUGACGGAAAAGGAUUACAUUAAUCGAACUACAAGCAGGAAGAUCUUCACUUCGAUAGCGAUGUUUGUGCCCGUUAUAACUCUGAUUGCAGUGAACUUCGUGGGAAACUCAGAGAGGGCUCUAACUAUAUUCUUGCUGACGCUGUCGGUUGGUUCGACGGCUGGUAUAUUUUGUGGCUAUUACAUAAACCACAUAGACCUGGCUCCUAACCACGUAGGAGCUCUGAUGGGCAUUACUACCAUGAUAUCCAAUAUUUGCUCGUUGCUGGCACCUUUGUCAGUCGAUCUUAUCAUCAACGUGACAGGAUACCAAGAGACUGACAAAGAGCUGUGGUCGAUCGUGUUUUAUAUAGCAGCUGGCGUAUAUUUAGCGACAGGCCUUUUUUACGUGUAUGGGGCGUCAGCCGACGUUCAACCAUGGAACGGACACGAAGAAAAAGACAAGGAUUCCAUCCUGGAUUCAAAAGACAACCUGCCAACGCCAUCACCAGGAAGCUACAGUGACAAUUCAAGCAAUUACCAAGCUUCAAGGGAACCUAUAUUCAAGACCAAGUCAAUUUGGCAGGCUCAGGGACAUAAUUUCACUCCAACACAGUCUGAAAUGGUGGAAAUUUCAAGUAAGGAAACGGCAGAGAAAGCCGCAGAAGAAUUGGAGAAGGGGCCAUUAUAUGGAGUCAGACACCUCAUAACUACGCUGUUGUUCUUACUUCUUUCGAUUGCAUAUGGCAUGAGAGUUAACUUGUCUGUAGCUAUAGUCGCCAUGACAGAUAACACUACCAGCAAAAAUCCUGACAUACCGGUAUACGACUGGAACAACAAAAGCGUCGUCUUAUCGUCCUUCUUCUGGGGCUACAUUAUCCUGCAGGUGUUCGCGGGACAGCUGGGCAGGACCUACGGUACAAAAUGGCUGCUAGUGGGAGCCAUGAUCAUCAACUCCACAGCGUGUAUAUUCAUCCCCCUGAUGUCAGAUACACUGGGAUCUGGUGGUGCUAUGGCCUGCAGGGUGGUCCAGGGGUUGUCACAAGGGUUCUUCUUCCCUUCGAUCCACAACCUCCUCGGACGCUGGGCGCCUCCCUCGGAGAGGUCCAGGCUUGGGACCAUCGUUUUCUCCGGUGUGGCUUUCGGGACCAUCAUCACGAUACCGAUAACUGGGUUUAUUUCCGCGUCGUGGAUUGGUUGGCCGCCUUCGUUCUACCUCUUCGGAGGCCUUGGAUAUUGUUGGGCCAUAUCAUGGGCUUAUUUUGGAGCAAAUGGACCUGGCGAACACAAGACCAUAUCCGAGGAAGAAAAAAUCUACAUAGAAACUUCUUUGGGUACCACAGAAACCACGCAAACAGUGGCAACUCCCUGGAAAGCCAUCUUCACCUCCUUACCAGCCUGGGCCAUAAUCGUUGGUAACUUCGGUCAGAACUGGGGCUACUCCACAUUGUUGACAGAGAUGCCCAACUACAUGAACAAAGUCAUGAAGUUCGAUAUGGAAUCAAACAGUCUGUUGUCUGCUGGUCCCUAUUUGGCACUCUUCAUCUUCAGCUUCGUAUUUGGCCACUUGUCUGAUUAUCUAAUAAAUAAUGAAUGUAUCUCCAGAGGAGGUGCCAGAAAGUUGUUUAAUUCAAUAGGAACCUUCGUGCCUGCGGCGGCACUGUUCAUCCUGGGUUUCCUUCCGGAAGACGCCACCUCGCUCUCUGUCGUCAUGUUGGUGAUAGCAGUGGGCAUCAACGCCGCCGUGUUCUGCGGCUUCCAAGUUAAUCAUAUCGACUUGACGCCCAAGUUCUCGGGGGUUCUCAUGGGCAUAGGGAACGGGUCUUCGAACUCAUUUUCCAUAAUAGCACCCCUCGUUGUACAACUAAUCGUAACAGAUGAGACUGACAAGAGCCUGUGGAGAACGAUAUUCAUCAUAGCGUCUUGCGUGUACAUAGCCUCCGACAUAUUUUUCGUCGUAUUCGCCAAGGGAGAGAUCCAGUGGUGGGAUUCCAUCGAAGAAGAAACACAAGCCAACGGUACCACGUCCAAGGAAACAGAAGAUAUAUCGACUAAGUUAUAGUACCUAAGUUGUAUGUGUUGAAUUGAUGUUUACGUUUUUUGUAAAUAAAACCAAUCUAUUUAUUAAACUUA